UAUAAAAGGUCACCGGGAGCACCGGGAAGAUCACUGCAGUCGACUCGGAGUCUUGUCUGUAUCAUCUGUAGCCUACAAAGCAAAGACAGCCCAGAUCACAAUGGCCUUCGCAGGUUUACUGGCUGAUGCAGAUGUCGCUGCAGCCCUGGCUGGGUGCAAAGACGCUGGCACUUUCAAACACGCUGACUUCUUCAAGGCAUGCGGUCUGGCCGGAAAGUCCGGCGAUGAUGUCAAGAGGGCUUUUGAAAUCAUUGACCAGGACAAGAGCGGGUUCAUUGAGGAGGAGGAGCUGAAGCUGUUCCUGCAGAACUUCAAGUCAGAUGCACGUGCACUGACCGACGAUGAGACCAAGACUUUCAUGAAGGCAGGUGACACCGACGGUGAUGGCAAGAUUGGCGUUGAUGAGUUCGCAAACGUGGUUAAGGCAUAAGAUGUCACCUGACCAACCAGCUCUGAUGGAACAACAAAGCCCACAUCGACCUCCCCCCUUUUCAUCUGAAUAUAGGCUAAAUAAUUUUUAUACAUUUGCUUAAGAGACGUUUCCUCCUAUGCAACUCACUGUCCAAAAUGAUGAUUGUGAAUGUCGCGCGGUUGUGUUCAUGUCUUAAAUAUGAAUUUUGCUUACUGUAAAAUCUAUGAUGCACUUUCCAGGAACGAACGGUAAAAAAAGAAUAAAUAUUCUUUUGCUACGGUC